CAAUAACUCAGUGGUUGCUGAUUUGGCUCCCUUGCCUGGUAGAUGUCAAAGGCUGAAGCUGCUCCCUUUGCCACAUUAUAACUAGUAGGGGACCUACACCAACCAUGGCCACAGCUGCCUCUAAUCCCUACAGCAUUCUCAGUUCCAGCUCCUUAGUCCAUGCAGACUCGGCGGGCAUGCAGCAAGGGAGUCCUUUCAGAAACCCUCAAAAACUUCUCCAAAGUGACUACUUACAGGGAGUUCCUAGCAAUGGGCAUCCUCUCGGACACCACUGGGUGACCAGCCUCAGUGAUGGGACUCCGUGGUCCUCCACGCUAGCGACGAGCCCCCUCGACCAGCAAGACGUGAAGCCAGGAAGAGAAGAUCUCCAGCUUGGCGCAAUCAUCCAUCACAGGUCGCCUCAUGUGUCUCACCACUCGCCCCAUACAAAUCAUCCCAACGCAUGGGGAGCCAGUCCAGCUCAUAACUCAUCAAUAACCUCCAGUGGACAGCCUAUUAAUGUCUACUCGCAACCUGGCUUCACAGUCAGUGGCAUGUUGGACCAUGGGGGUCUAACACCACCUCCAGCCUCAGCCACUACCCAAAGCUUGCACCCAGUGCUGAGGGACCCCGCAGAUCAUGGAGAUAUAGGCUCCCAUCACUGUCAGGAUCACUCUGACGAGGAGACGCCGACAUCAGAUGAGUUGGAACAGUUUGCAAAGCAGUUCAAACAAAGGAGAAUCAAGUUGGGAUUCACUCAAGCAGACGUUGGCUUAGCACUAGGGACUCUCUAUGGCAAUGUUUUCUCCCAGACUACUAUCUGCAGGUUUGAGGCUCUGCAGCUCAGCUUUAAGAACAUGUGCAAACUGAAACCGCUACUAAACAAGUGGCUAGAAGAGGCAGAUUCAUCUACCGGCAGCCCGACUAGUAUUGACAAAAUCGCAGCCCAAGGCAGGAAAAGAAAGAAGAGAACCUCGAUAGAGGUGAGUGUCAAAGGGGUUUUGGAAACUCAUUUUCUUAAAUGUCCCAAACCUGCAGCCCAAGAGAUCUCCUCCUUGGCAGACAGCCUGCAGUUAGAGAAAGAAGUGGUGCGUGUCUGGUUUUGUAACAGACGGCAAAAAGAGAAAAGAAUGACUCCACCAGGGGAUCAGCAGCAACAUGAGGUUUAUUCUCAUAACGUGAAAACAGACACAUCCUGCCACGAUCUUUGACUAUAGGGCUCGGCUCGCAGACAGGACUGGGAACAGCGCGGAUUUUCUAAAGGGGGUUUUAACUUAUGCUUAAAGAGGAAACAAAAACAAAUACUCGAAGACUUAGAGCAUGGGGCUUCCUGCUCUUCCGCCUGGGCAAUAUUUUCUCUCAAACCUUUUCGCUGAUCAGUACAUAUUGUUUACUAUCAAACAAGGUUUGUUUUCGGUCUCCACUAGGAAGAAAAAAAAAUAAAGACAGAUGUGUGCCUAUGAAUAACCUUCCAGCGCCUUGGUUAUAUCAGCUGUAUUUCAGGUGAAUCUGUUUUACAAUAGACUAGUUUUGCAUUUUUAAAGACUUAUAUAGCGUUUUUAAAUGUCUGAGGUGUUUUACUACAAACUGUACACAAUAUUUGUGGCAUAAUUUGUACCGAAUUGAGCAAUCAUUCCCCCCGCUCCAUGUAUUGGGCAUAUCACUGUUACUGUAGUGGGGAGAAGGGAUAAUUCCCUUCGCUCCCCUUCAUUCCCCCAAAUUCCAUACUAGAGGAGUGGGGUCCCCCUUCUGCACCCCAAAGGCAGGAAAUUGUGCCUCCUUUGACUGUAACACAGCUGACUGCCGCUUGCACGUUAUGAAGAGUAACAGCCUGAUUUGUUGUAGCUUUUCCUUCUAUUCAAAUAACUUCCUAAAACCACGAAACGGUCAGAUUGCAGUUCUGAAAUAACCCCCCCGACUCCCUGUUCCCUCCUCCACGGAGGCGGGGGUAGGGGGGGAGGAAGAGAGAUCUGAAAUUAAGCAUUGCAAAUAAAAUAAAGGAUGUGUCCCUUCUUUUCUUUCUGAAGCUGUGUUGGGCUUCUGAUCAGCGGCAGACUGCGAAGGUCUGUAGUAAAACACCUUAAUAAUUCUGCGCUUUGGCUUCAGAAAUCAGUUUCUCUGUAUUUUUGUUUCAAUAUUAAAGAGGGAUCCUGAGGUGUCGAAAUGAAUUUCGGGGAAAUGCCCGCUUUUGUUUCAUGCUGAGCUUAUUUUCGUCUCACGAGGAAAUGCUAGAUUUGUUGAAAAGCUUUUUAUUAAAAAAACAAACAAACAAAAAAAGGCAAGUGAAUAAAAAUGCUAAAAAAGUGUAACCAUUUUUCUGGCAUAUGAAGGAGCUGUGCUUUAUCCUUCCCUUCUUCCCAGCCCUCAGUAGAGAUGUACUCUGUGUGUGUACACAGCUAUGUAGUAUGUAUGUGUGUAAAUAUGUCUAUACAUACUAUAUAUAUGUGAGUGUAUACAGAUGUGUGUGUAUAUACAGCCAUCUACACACACACGGAAAAUCACCUAUUAUAAACGCACACAAUGCACAAAUAUUGCUCCAAACACACUGUAUAAUGACUGUCUCCACAGAGGCGGGGUACUCUGGGCUGGAUGUGUGCCCUGUGUGUGUAUAUAUAGAAUAUAGUUAUUGAUACACUCCCGCACACAGCUCGCUAUCUGGAGACCACCCCCCCCCAAUCCAUACUACCUAAAGGCAAGGCCAACCCUGCCUCCCCCAGUUUUUGGCUGAGCUCGGGGAGGGGGAGACAUACCGGUAGCUAGGACGGAAGGCCCAUGUUGACCCUGCUGCUUUGCAUCCCUGAAGCUGCAGCUAUAUUAGCAAAUUGCAUUACUGCGCUCCCCAGAUCUCUUCUCCCCCCCCCCCUUAAGAUUUUCAUUUUGACAUUUAUAUUUUUCAAGUAUUUUUCAGUACGCGCUAAAAUCUCGACACUGAGGACCUGACUAUUUCUGCCAACUUUAUACCUGUACAGUUUUGUAUAUUAAACGUUUUUGGAAGUUAUUAAUUUAAAGACAGAUCAUUUAGUUUAUUCGUUUAGUAACUGAUGUAUAAUAAACGCUAUUUUCAUUAAAGGUUGCUUUUUUCAACUAUUUUAUUCAAAAUUGCCUAUUGCCGUUGCCCACGAUUAUUUAUUUUCAAUAAAUUCCGCAUUAUGUUUAAAAAACACAAAAAAAAGGUUUCCAAAAGCCGAAAUGGGUGUAAAAAAAAUUAUACACACACGAUUCGCUGUCGUGUUUGAUCGUCGACCAGUUUUAGUCCAGGGGUUUAUAUUGACGCAAUAUUUUAUUGUUGUGAAAGGGGGAAAAAAGGGUUAAAUAAACAUUUUUACAAAAACAA